CGUUUAACAUGCCGGUUUUUAUACUUUGGGCCCGGCCCAUUUGAGCCCAGCCCAUAUAUUUUCGAUAUCUCUUUCGCGCUAAAUAGACAACGAUGAAUGAACGAUCCCCUUCCGAGAAGCAACCAAUCCCAAUGGAGUAUUUUGAAGACCCAAUUUGUACAGACGUUCCCAAUCUUGUUUCCUCUUUCGUUGACUCCUUUGUCGACUUCUCCGUCAGUGGCGGUCUCUUCUUGCCGCCGGCGAGCCCUGUUCCCGCUCCACAAGACGCACCGGCGAACCCAUCGUCCUCGCAGCUGCAUACCUGGUUACCUUCUCCGGACCGUCUAAUUGCUGUUGGAGACCUCCAUGGUGAUCUUUCGAAGUCGAAGGAAGCGCUGAGACUUGCUGGAUUGAUCGAUGGAUCUGGAAGAUGGAUUGGAGGGUCCGCCACCGUGGUCCAGAUCGGUGAUGUGCUUGACCGCGGCGGCGAUGAGCUUAAGAUUUUGUAUUUCCUCGAGAAGCUUAAGCGAGAAGCAGCCAAGGAUGGCGGAAUGAUCAUCACCAUGAAUGGAAACCACGAAAUCAUGAACGUCGAAGGUGAUUUUAGGUACGUGACCAAGGAAGGGUUGGAAGAAUUUAGGGCUUGGGGAGACUGGUUCUCCGUUGGCAACAAGAUGAAGGCUCAUUGCGUUGGUUUAGAAACGCCCAAAGAUCCAUUUGAAGGAAUUCCUACGGCUUUUCGUGGUGUUAAGGAAGAGUUUCAUCCUGGAUUUCGUGCUAGAAUCGCCGCUCUCCACCCUAACGGUCCGAUUUCAGGUCGAUUCCUGUCGCAGAACACGACCGUACUCGUCGUCGGAGAGUCAGUGUUUGUUCACGGUGGCCUUUUGCCGGGACACGUGUCAUAUGGGUUGCAACGGAUUAACGAGGAGGUGAGAGAUUGGAUUAAAGGGUUGUCAGGCAAAUUCGCACCGGACUAUUGUCGUCGUAGCAACGCCAUUGUUUGGUUGAGGAAAUUUUCCGAUGAAUCGGCGACGAAUUGCGAUUGUUCUUUGCUAAAGCAUGUUCUGGAUACGAUUCCGGGAGCAAAGAGGAUGAUAAUGGGUCACACAAUUCAGAUGGCCGGAAUUAAUGGCGUCUGUAAUAAUCAAGCAAUUCGAAUUGAUGUUGGCAUGUCGAAGGGCUGCGCUGAUGGCUUUCCUGAAGUUUUGGAGUUCAUUGGGAACUCUCCGCCGCGUAUAUUGACAUCAAAUCCUUAUAUGAAGCAGUCUAUGAACUCUCUAAAUGUUGAUACCAAGGAUGGGCUCGGGCUGUUGCUUCAUGAACAUGGACAAAAACAAGUGGAGGUUAAGGCUUAGCAUUGGCAAGAAUUGAUUCUGGGUAUGUUAGAUUAUUUGGUGGGCUCUAUUGUCUUCACAUAGUUAUUAAUCACUCAUUGGUACAUAUGAUUCAAUUGAAAUAAAAUAUGUUGUUAUAAGCUUCUAA